GCCUGUGCGGCUUCUCUCUCUCUUUCCUCCCUUUUUUGGUAUUCCCAGAGUACCCUCGAGCUCACAGACGGCGAGCGGCUUCCCCUCUCCUCUCUCCUGUCUUCCCUCCACUCUUCUUCAAGUGUACCCUAACUGUAAUUUCCGGCAAGGCUCUGGCCGUCUCCGUCGGGUUGACGAUCGGCCGGCUGCAAUUCGCGUCCAGUUUCUGCUGAUCUGGCCCGGAGUUGGAAGGGACGGCGGGCCGUAUUCAUCCAUUCCAGGGCUGAGCUCUUAUGUGCAGCUCGGAUAAUUGGCGAGGCAUGUAAAGAUCGUUGCGAUAAUUUGGGGAUGCGUAACUAAGGUUGUACAGUUGCAUGAUAAUCUGUAGAGGAGUGACCAAGCUGCUGAUACUAAACAUAGCUGGUCAACAUUACUUAACGGUGAAUGAAACGUGAACUUUCAUAUUCAAUUGGAGCAAAUGGUUUUUCAGCAUGCCCAUCUAUGCCUGUCGAGGAUACUAGAGGCAGGGUCCACAAUUUCUUGAGUAAGGCAGCUUAUGUUAGAGUGCUUAUCAUUCUCAAGUGGCAUGUUGAAAUAGGUAUCUGUUAGGUAGGCCUGUAUGAGUACACUAUCAGAGAGACGUGAACAUCAUCUCCAUAUUACCAACAAGUUGUCCAUCAGAUUCAGGGACAUCUUUGCACUGUCAUGCUUCCUCUCCUUUUCUGAUUGUUAGUCAGAUUAGACAAACUAUUGACUGAUAUGUGGAUGUUUUCUGCCUUUGUCAUGUGAGAUUGUGAGAAAGGUCAUGGUGGGCAUGCCAUCAAGUGGCGUCAAUGAUCUAAGUUGGAAAAGUCUGAUUUUGAAGCAUCAAAAGAUGCGUAAAUGGAAUGCCUUAAGGCACUUAUAGUUGUGAUUUCAAAUUGAGGUCUUUGUGUUUCUGGAUCAAACGUCAACUUGCGACAGGCAGAAAUUUGCAUUAAGGAAAUUUCUUCAGUGUGAAAAAGCUGAAGGUUCUGAAAAUGAUUCUGGUUGCAGUAGGAUCUCUGAGAGUGUGGAAAUUGCAGAAGCUCCAUUCAGUUUUGAUUUUAUUGGCCACCAGCAUCACCUCAUGAGGGGUCAACAGCCUGGUGUUUCGCAACCUAGGCUAGGGUUCACUGAUAUGCAGCUAUUGCAGCAACAGUACUUUUCCAAGCAAUUUCAAGAGCUUCAGCGGCAGCAUCAAUUACAGCAACUUGAUCAGGGUGCAAGACCACAAAACUUACAGAGUCAGUUUUCUGCACUUACUGCACAAACAGCAGGGGACCAGCUAACUCCCGUGGUGGAUGGCACCCCAAUUCGUGAUGCAUCAAAUUACAUAUGGUCGAGUGAGAGGGUACCUCAGGUUGGAGUUGAUCCUAAGAUGCUGAAUAGCUCCCAGAUGUUCAUACUUGGUAACCCAGGUAUGGCUCGGACUGGUGCUCCAGCUAUUCAGGGUUUCCCAAAUGGCCUAGGGCUUCAACAGGAGAACACACACACAUUGCGUUCAAUGGGGUUCAUUCCUCAGCAGCUUGAUCAAUCCAUGUAUGGCACUUCAUUUGGUGGUAUAAGAGAGUCUUCCAGCAACCUUACAAAUCCAUAUUCCAGUGUUCAAUGGAGUGCUCAUGGAAAUGCGGAUCUCUUGACGAAAGCCAGUGGGAAUCAGGAUCAGAAAACAGUUAUUCAGUCUAAUGCCUUUGGUUCUUUCCAUGGUGAUCAGUCUGCCCCUGUUUCUGGUCUUGUUUCUGGCAAUGAUGGUAUUCCUGCUUCUAAACAUAGCUAUCAUGGGAAAAAUAUUUUUGGUCGUCCUCAGGGCAUGCAUAGUGUAAAUAGUGGUAUCCAUCCAGGAAACUUUCAGCAGGUAUCCUCCUCACCGAGGAACUCACAAAUCCAAGAAUUUCAUGGGAGGGUAGAGCAUACUGGUUGGUCGGGCAAUGUGGAGGAAAAGGUAACCCCUCAGGUGGGUCCUCCACAGGGUGUUACCAGCUUACAUCCUUUGGAGGAAAAGAUUCUGUAUGGUGGUGAUGAUAACGCUUGGAAUGGCAUCCAGAGCGGCCAACCACUGCCAAGUGCUUUUGGGGGAGGAGGACCCAACAGCAUGAAUACUGGAGGUUUUAUACAAAGUAAUAAUCAGGUAGAUGGUUCAGACUAUUUAAACAUGUUUCCUUCUAUUCAGAGUGGCAGUUGGAGUGCUCUCAUGCAAUCAGCUGUUGCAGAAGCAUCUAGCAGUGAUACUGGGAUGCAGGAUGAGUGGAGUGGCUUGAGCUAUCAAAAAGCUGAACUAUCAACUGGCAACCCCUCAGAGUUGAAUGAAAGUGGCAGGCAGAGUACAGGCUGGAAUGAAGCUAAUGCAGAAACUCCCAGUUCCUUGCCAUCAAGAUCUUUUCAUUUAUUUGAUGAUACCACUGUGAGCACUGGUGGUCAAAGUAGGCCAGAAUAUCAACAGAUAACCCCUAAACCCACUUACAGUCAAAGUGGGAAAUUGAAGGGCAGCAUACCCUGCAGUCAAGAUUUUAUACAUAAUGAUGGCCCGUCUGAUUCACUUGGAAAAUCAUCCAAUGAAGCUAGAUGGCUGGAGCAGAUUCCUCAAGAAAGUUCUGUGGCUGAUGUCAGUGUCCGGACACCUCUGGCUCUGGGUAGUGCUUCUGAUAGUGCUUGGAGGACUGAUGCCUACAAUCAGUCAAACAAGGGUGCACCUGAGAACAUCAGCUCAGACUCGCUUAAUAUUCGAUCCUCAUGGCCUCACCAGCAAAAACCAAUCUUCACUCGUGAGACAGAUGAGCAACAUGUCAGUAAGUUGAAUGCUUGGAACAUGAAUGAGUCACUGCCUGACAGAGAUAACAUGCAAGAUGAUGAAAACAACUUGCAAGAAUGCCAAAAGAGUGAAUCUAAGGGUACAAUAGAUAUAGGAACAGGGCGUAACUUUAAGCUGUGGGAAGUUGGUCAACUGGAUGGUGUACAAAAGAAUGAUGUUCGGGGCUUGUCUUCUUUCUCAAAUUUGAAUGAAAGAUUUGGACAAGCAAAAUCUUCUUCAAAUGGUCCUCUGGUGCAUAAUGCUGCUGAUGCUUGUAUAAAUAGUUUCAUUCCAACUCCUGGACCAGGCAUGUCAAACCUUCAUCAGGAAAGAAUUCAACAGGUGCAGAAUAAUCAUCAGUUUGCACAGUCAUUAAGUAGUAAGAAAGAAGGUGAGAAUCAGAGCCAGCACCAACAGGCUUUAAAUUCAUCAUUGAAUCACUCUGAUAAUGCAUUAGGUGAAACACAUGAAAGCAGCAGGGUGAUGUGCUACCCAACUAUGGGCCAUGGUGAUGGUCUCACUCCUGAUUAUAUUUAUCAUGGUCAGCAUGCAACGGUUAGCAGUGCUCUGAAGGAGAAUACUUGGUCUGCCAAGAAAGAUUCACAUUCCUCAGCAGCUGAAAUGCAAAGAUUGCCCAUGCCAGUUGUUGGGAGAAGUGGUCUUUCCAGCCCGCAUGGUUUCUUGUACCAUCCAACAGGUGAGCUUCCAGUGAAUUUCCAACAAUCUAGCAGCAUGAAGCGUGAUUUGCUUUAUCAAGGAUUACAACAUGCUGCAAGUGGCGAACAAAAAUCUUUGGACCUAGGGUAUAUGUCUCAUACAAAGCCUGUCAACAAUGCUGUUAAUUCAGAAAAGGAUUUCAUGGACCGGAACUUGCAAAACAGUAGAACUGGACCUGGGGAUGCUCCUGCUUCUUUUGAUGGGCCAAUGGCCAUGUAUCAUCCAUCAAGUGACAAAUACAAGACCAGUCAAAAUAUGCUUGAACUUCUGAACAAGGUUGAUCAAUGUACGGAGAAUGCUCCCAAGCCCUUUGGCUCAGAAGAGCAUGGUCCCUCAUCAGCAAUGUCUGAAGCAGGCAAAUCUAAUACAGCAACAGUUUAUCUGCAGGGCAACCAGUUAUCUUCUUCGCAAGGCUUUGGCUUGCACCUUGCCCCUCCAUCUUCUGCUCCUGCAGCUUCAAAGCACUUUUUGACAUCCGACGUCUCUUUACAGGUCAGCACUGACCUUAAUUCGAGGCAUGCUGAUAUGGGAAAUUUAGAUAAAGGAAAGAUAUGGCUGCGCAACCAGAUUUCCCCACAGGUGCUACAACAUGCUUCAGAUACAUCUCAGCAAGAAUAUUGGGCCCAUAAAUCUGGAUCGACAGUCAUGGAACAGGAGUUCUCACCAAUAACAAACAGGGAUAUAAAUUCAAAACUGAAAGCAAAACAUAAUGUGGUGGCAGCAUCAGGAAUUCACUACCUACGAAACCAGUUGCAUCGUCAGGAUAGUUCUAGUGUAAGUGGACAAGCUGUAGUUGAAGAGUCUGCCACUCUUGUUACUGCAAAACAAGCUGAUCAAAGUAAGCAGGACAGAUCUGAUUCUGGAUUUAGCCAGAGUGAGGGCCUUCAAGGUGGAUGUACAGGUGAACUAUCAAGACGAGUAUUCCAACCAGAAACUACUGGAAAAGUGGUUCCUUUUGACCUGAAUCCACAUGCUGGAACAGAUUUUACUGGCUCAUCUGCUUCAUCCUUGCUUGUCAGGGAUAGUAAUGGUAUGAAUCGUCAAUUGCCUUCCAGUGCAAGUUCUCCAUACACAGGAAAUUUAAGACAACUUGUUCAUACCUCAGAACAAGUGCCGGUUAGUCAAGUUUCUGGUCAACAGGGUAUGGCACAGCACAGGAGCUUUCCCACAAUGCUGCAAAAUGCAUGGUCUAAUAUGUCAGCCCAAAGGAGUAUGUCUGGCCUUGCACAGAAAGUUUCAACCAAUCCACUACCAUCUUUCAGUCCAGCAACAACGUGGGUGUUCCAGACAGUGAAUGAUCAGAAUCUGAGUGGUAGAGGAGGCUGUACCUCCGAGGCUGGUCCAAGCUCUUCUAGCAAACAUCAGCUUCCAUCCAAUGAACCACAGCAAAACAGAGAUGGUACUCCACACCAAAUCCCCUAUGACAGAGCUGUCCCAUAUGGUAGUGGUUCCUCAAUGGAAACAUUAGAGCAUAACAGACGUCUGGCAGGAUUUCCUCUCCAUAACCAGAACAUUGUUGGUGAUAGAGAAGCACCAGAGUCAUCCCUGGCUUCCAAGUCAACAAAUAUCUCUUUUCAAUCAACAUCAGAUAGUGCAGCACGUUCACAGCCAAAUUAUUCACUAUUACGCCAGAUGCAAACCAUGAAGAGUCUGGAGAAUGAUCCAACAAAAGCAAUCAAGAAGCAUAAAGGGGAGGAUGAUGCUGAUGUUUCACAUAUGACUGGUAAGAUGGGGGAAAAACCUCUGUACAGCUAUGGUAAUUCAGGCAAUGCUUUGGCAUCUGUAUCACAAUCUAUUAGAGGAAUGGAACAGUCCCAUCGUAAUUACCAGAUGGCAACAUCUUGGUUUGAGCAAUUUGGAAAUUACAAAAAUGGACAGUUUCUUACCAUGUCUGACAGAUUUGCAGUUCCCCAGAAUUCUGCAAAACCACUGGUUCAGCAAUACUUUUUUGGAAGAGUUUCUGAAAGCAGACAUCCGCACACAGUCAUUGAGCAAAAAAAUAUAAAUGAUGCAAACCAAGUUGGUUCCACUGGAUCUAUACAAAUUACCACAAGUCUUAUGCCUUCUAAGGACCACAUGUUUCCAUUUUCAACACGGCCGGAUACUAAUGAUCAGUCUCAGGCAAUUGUGAGGCAUAAGAAGCGUAAACUUGCUACUUUGGAGCUGUUACCAUGGGAUAAUGUGAUCACUCGAACCUCUCGAAAGAUUCAGAGUACAAGUUCGGUGGAGCUGCGGUGGGCACAUGCCACGGAACGGCGAGUAGAAAAGAUUGAUGAUGAAGUAGAGUUUAUUGAUGACGGCCUAUUAAUGCCUGGACCUAGAAGAAGGAUAAUCUUCACCACCCAGCUAAUGCAGCAAAUAAUAUGUCCUCUGCGGGCAGCAAUGCUCUCUGCAGAAGCAGACAAAGAGUAUGAGGCGGUAACAUAUAUUCUUGCUAAACUUUUGUUGGGAGAUGCAUGCAGCCUUAUCUCCUCCUUAGCUGCUGAUUCUCAAGCACAUACCGAUCAGGAUAGCUCAACAUCCAAGAAGCCCGGAAUUUUCAGAAGGCUUGGGAAUCAGUUUAUCUCGAAACUUAUGGAAGGCUUCCUUGAAAAAUCAAGGAAACUAGAAAAUGAUUUCCUGAGAUUGGAAAAGGGACCAUCGUUAUUAGAUAUAAGAGUGGAAUGCCAGGACUUGGAGAGGUUUUCCAUCAUCAACCGUUUUGCGAAGUUCCAUGGUAGAGGCCCAGCAGAGGGAGCAGCAGCUGUUGAGGGUGCUGUUCCUGCCUCAGCUGCUGUACCUUCAUCGGUUUCUUCUUCAUCCUCUGAUGCUGUUGGUGUUGUGCCCAGAAAGUUGUUCCCACACAGAUACGUAACUGCCGUCCCCAUGCCUCGAAAUCUUCCGGAGGGGAUGCAAUGUCACUCACUCUAGUCAUUAAAAUUAAUUGAUUUUUUUUUUCUUUUCCUCUCUCUCUCUCUCUCUCUCUCUCUCUCUCUCUCUCUUCCCUCCAUCUUCCUUUGUUGAUCUUGAUUAUUCUAUAUAAAGGAAAAAUGAAAGUUCCGGGCAAGCUGGAAAGUGCGCGGUUCUUAAAAUUCCUUUAAUCUGCCAUUGUAAAAUUUCUCCUCCUCCCCGAAUACGUGUUAAAGGAUCGGACGUUGCGUUGCGUUUUUGCUGCCUAACCUCAAUAAGCUGGGGCUUUGCAAGCGCUAGAUUGUUCUAUACAAUUUAACCACUUGGUCGAUUCCAGCUGGAAUAAAAUGAUGCAUUUGUUUAUUUUUUUAAAA